AUGGCGUCCAAGGAUGAGGAGGAGGUCCGGCCAUUGCGGCUCGAAGGGCUCGAACCAGACGGGCACAGGCACGGCACACACCGUGUGAAGGCCGUGGCAGUUGCCUUGAUCCUGUGCCUGGCGGGUGGCACGCUGGCCUGGAAGAACAUGAUGCAUUGUAAGCACAGAACCCACGGCACAGCUGGCAUCCAGGGCUUGUUCACCUCCGACGUGGAUGCGCAAAUGGCCCUGAAAGUGGCUGGGCUGAAGAGCAUCAAAAACAGGAGCCUUGCCGAUGGCAUCGUCAUGAAAGCAAUGAAGUCUGCGGGCGAGGACUAUGCGAAGCGCUACGACGCACACCAGGUGCGACAGCUUCCAACAAGCCCCGUCGAUGCUGCCCGCAACAUGCUCUCGGUAGCCGAAAUCAAGGCUUACAGAGCUCAGAAGAAGGAGGAUCGACUCACGGAAGCGGGACAUGCCUUCUGUGCCUUCAACGUCCUCGAAGCUUUCAUCUCCGUCAUGGGCAUGGGUGAUGAUAUCAAUGCAAUCAUCCGGACCUGCCCUCCACCACGCGAUGGCGAGUCGGAGUUGGCGUGCCAAGUGAACGGUGGCAUCCUGGUCGCGUGGGUUGGCAAUUUGGCCGCCAAGCUGUCCUUCGCCGCCUCCAACUGUGCGCUGACCACCAACGUGAACGCCCUCUGCGCUGUAGGUGUCACUGGCCUGGUCUCCGCCAUGGGCGAGUUGGCGGCCACAGCCUCCCUGGCAGCCGCCACCUGCGUGUCCACACCGCCCAGCCUUACCACGACCAAGAUCAGUGUGCUUGGAGAUCAGACCGUCCGCGGUAUGGGCCGACGACUGUUGAUCGGGGAGGGUGCCAUCGGCAAUGGCAUCCAGUGCGGCCUCGACGUGGGUAUGGUCGUGAGCAACAUUGCCAACAUGGGCCUCGCCAUCAACAGCGCCGUCAAUUCUGGCCAGUGCGGCUGGCAAGCAAAGGCGUCGCCCUUGAACAAAGUCACUGGAAUUCCGGAGGCAUUGUGCACAGUCGACAUUGGAGGGGCCGUGGCGUAUAUCGGCCAGGUGGUGACCUUCCUGAACUUGAUUGUCGUGCACUGCAGCGACUUCCUUGACGUCAGCGCCCUCUGCGGGGCCAGCGUCGCGGGCAUCACCACGGCGGCGGCGGCCAUCGCCCCCUACGGGGCAGCGAUGCACGCGGCGUGCCGUCAGAACCACAUCGCCAAGCACCCCAAAAUCCAGGAGAAGAUCAACGGCCUCUAUGACGUGCCCAGCGUGCCCAGACGUCUGGGGGAGCUGAGGGAUGCCAUGGCCAGCGUCCGGGAGAUCCGCUCCCGGCUGGAAGGGGAGCUCGGCUUCAACGCCUCCGCAGCCCGGGGCGAUGCUUUCUCGGAGGGCAACAUGGAGACACUGCUCCGCCUCAUGGGCGAAUCGGGUGAGACGUCCUCGGGCCUCUGGCCAUUCUCGCAGUGUGAGGCCUGA